AUGAAACCAUUCUCAUGCGUAAGACUGCUCUAUUCGGCAGCUAGACUAUUCAGAAACACCACGUCUGGAAAUGGACUCUUUGCAUACACCACCGGAGCCACAGAUCUCCAAAAUAAAAUCGACAAGUUUUUGGCCCAACCGCCAUCAGAUCCCGCCCAAAUGAGGGAAUCUGUGGUAUCUGCAUUACAGGCAAGCAGGGAGGAGCUCCGAAGAAUCCAUGGAUAUGACAAAUUUGGGCUGGAUCCAUCGAGGGCAGUCGUUUCUGGCAGUAUUGAAAAAUUAUUGAAAGACGGCCAAAUCGUCUUUGACAAAGAACUUUUGCGCGAAAUCUUCCUCAUGAAAUUCCCCAGCGGGAACGUUAUCGAUAUCAUUCUGUUGUUCUACUCACGUAAUCCAUCUGCUUACAUUGAUUUUUCCACUGCUUUAAUCCCUCUUAGAGAUAGCCUCUACAACGCAGAAUUGAAAGAUGCGCUUAAAAUAACUGAUAUGACUACAGGCCAUCCAAACUAUGUGGCUCAAAAAAACACGUAUAUGCGCCAUAGUUUGUAUCGUCUUGCAGGAACUGCCAUAGGAAUCACAGCAUUCACCAAAUUUGGGACCCAGUUUGCAGUCGACCAGGGCCUUCUUCUGGAGGUGUGGACGCAGCUCUCGUCUCUCAACUCUAUCAUUUUGACUUAUGUGAUCAAUUCGAGCUUUUUCGUCGCUGUGGUGAAAUUUGGCCGUCUGUUGAGUGCCGCUGGAGGUGACUAUCUCACUUGGCAAAAAGGAACUUUUUACACUCAUUGGUAUCGCUACUGUGACAUGAUGGCCAUGUGUGCCAAGAUUGUCGAGACAGAUGUCAAACUCAAUGGUGGUGUGGAUAACAGUAAGUGGCUCAUGGAGGAGUUGUGUCGCUCAGACGCCAUGUUGGGCACAGGCUACACUCUUGCUCCAGGCCACAACAGAGAGGGCCAGCGGGUGCGUUUGCUUGAAGCUCGUGAAAAUUUGGAGGACUUGAAAAUGCAGGCAUACUGGAUGACGGGCGGUGAUGGAUUCGAGUGGGUGGAACCAGAUCAAGACCCGGCAGAGAUCAUCUGGAGAGACCACUUACAGCAUCUCCAUAGCCCGGCGGUAGGCCUGCUGGACGGGAAGAGUUUGAAGUGGGCUGAGGAUUUGAUUGAGGAAAAGAAGGACUAA